AUGUCUUCAGGUGUCCCGAGCAAGUGUGAGCUGGAUGUGCUCACCUGGGAGCGGCAGUUCGGCGGCCAUUGGCGCGUGGGUGGGGACACCGGGCCGCUGCUGGCUGCGCUGGCGCUGCUGGCCGCGCUCGACUGGUUGUGCCAGCGCCUGCUGCCCCCGCUGGCCGCACUCGCCGUGCUGGUCACCUCCGGCUGGAUCGCGUUGUCCCGCCUGGCGCGCCCGCAGCGCCUGCCCGUGGCCACUCGCGUGGUGCUCAUCACCGGAUGUGACUCUGGUUUUGGCAAGGAAACAGCCAAGAAACUGGACGCCAUGGGCUUUAUGGUGCUGGCCACUGUGUUGGAGUUGAAUGGCCCUGGUGCCCUAGAGCUGCGUGCCUGCUGUUCCCCUCGCCUAAGACUACUGCAGAUGGACCUGACCAAGCCAGCCGACAUUAGCCAGGUGCUGGAGUUCACCAAGGCCCACACUACCAGCACUGGCCUGUGGGGUCUAGUCAACAACGCAGGCUUCAACGAUGUAGUGGCUGACGUGGAGCUGUCUCCGGUGGCCACGUUCCGCAACUGCAUGGAGGUGAACUUCUUUGGCGCACUCCAGCUGACCAAAGGUCUCCUGCCACUGCUGCGCCACUCGAGGGGUCGCAUUGUGACUGUGGGGAGCCCAGCAGGAGACAUGCCAUAUCCAUGCUUGGCGGCCUAUGGGACCUCCAAAGCAGCCAUAGCUUUGCUCAUGGACACAUUCAGCUGUGAACUCCUUCCCUGGGGGGUCAAGGUCAGCAUCAUCCAACCUGCCUGCUUCAAGACAGAUUCAGUGACAAACGUGGGCCAGUGGGAGAAGCGCAAGCAAUUGCUGCUGGCCAACCUGCCCCAAGAGCUGCUGCAGGCCUACGGCGAGGAUUACAUUGAACACUUGCAUGGGCAGUUCCUGCACUCACUGAGCCUGGCCCUGCCUGACCUCAGCCCAGUUGUAGAUGCCAUCAUUGACGCGCUGCUGGCAGCUCGGCCACGCCGCCGCUAUUACCCAGGUCAUGGCCUGGGGCUCAUGUACUUCAUCCACUACUACCUGCCUGAGGGCCUGCGGCGCCGCUUCCUGCAGACCUUCUUCAUCAGUCACUGUCUGCCUCAAGCAUUGCGGCCUGGCCAGCCUGCCCCUACCCCCAUCCAGGAUGCAGUCCGGGACCCAGACCCAAACCUGGGCCCUUCCCCAGUGGCUGGUCGGUGAGCCAUGUGCACAUGUGGCUCCAUGAGCCCUUGGUCCUCCCCUGGGCAUUAUGACCCCCCAAGCCUGCCCUAGAGCCUGGCCCAAAGAACCCCAGCUCCCCAUUGCCAGUGCCCAGUCCCAACCCCAUGAGGCUGAGGUUUCCCAGUGAGCCUCUAGGCUCCUCCACUUCUUCAUGAGCCCAAACAGAUCCUCUUGGGCACAUCGCUCCACCUUGCUGCUUGGAGAACCCAGCUGGAUGGGGAGUUUAGCGUGAGACUUCUCUGUAGCCUUUGACAGGACCCUGCAACUGCCUCUGCAAACUAAGGAGUGACUGGGUUUGGGGGACUUCCUCAGGAUUGUUGCUCGGCACCAGCACCUCAAGGACACAACUGAAGGCUAAAUCCCAACUGUCUCUUGACUGACUCAAGAAGUAGGGACCCAACCACCCACCUCCAAGCUUCCCAAGCACAGAGAAGCUGUAUACCCUAGUUGCCUGACUGCCACUUUUUAAAUAAAGACAAAUUUUUAUUUCUCCUAGA